CGGCGACAAACGAAACGAAGUAAUGUCAAAAUCAGAAAACAAGCUCAGCGCGGAGCUCUCGACUUCGCUACUGAUAAUUUUGGAACAAGGCUUAUAACUUGUGUUAGCGGCUGAUAGUGUUUCUUUUAGACUAUUAAUAUAAUUUAACCAUGUCCCGUUCAGUCCGUGCCGAAACAAGAAACCGAGUCAAAGAUGAUAUCAAAAGAGUCAUGCAAGCUGUGGAAAAAGUUCGCCAUUGGGAAAAAAAAUGGGUGACUAUUGGUGAAACUACAAUGAAAAUAUAUAAAUGGGUUCCUAUUUCAACUAGUGAGCAGAAGAAGAAACACGCGGCGAAACGAGAAAAUAAAGAAAAUACUUUGACACCAAAGAAGAUGCACGACUCUUCUAACUCCAACUUUGGCAUGGCUGAAGAUUCUAAUACAUGUUUUUCUACUGUGAGUGAUUCUCAAGGCCCUACAGAAUUUACAUCAACUCAUAUGAACUUCUCUGAAGACUCGAAUUCUCAAAGUAGUGGUACAACAACACCUGCAAAGAGGUUAAAGACUGAUUGAGGUGUUUCAUAUAAAACUGUACUUUAUGAGCAUACUGUGAAAAUGUCAAGAAUAUCAAAGACAAAACAACUAACCGUGUUAGUGGUUGAAGUG